CUUUGCGCAAAAUGCCAUCCUCCGAGUACGAUACCCAACAUGCGCACCACGCAGUCGAUGAGACAGCGUCGCUGCUCGCAAGUCAUCGCCGCGAUGAUGGUGAUGAUGUAACAAACACGACAGCCAGUACUCUUGUGAAUCGUAGAGCGGCUGCAAAGAAACGAAGUUACAUCAAGACCCACUUCGUCAUUCUAAUCACUCUCGUCGUCUUCAUUAUCGAUUUCGCAUUCUGCUUAAUCGACGCACCACAGAUUGAAAUCUUUGAGCACAUCAUCUGCAACGCUUACUAUAUGAGUAAUUCAGCAGUUCUUACAUCAAACCGAACCGAUCGGAUGAAAGCUAGUUCCAGUUGUGUCGUGGAUGCCGUGCAAUCAGAACUGGCAAUUUUGACACAGUUCAAAGAUACGCUGGAUAUGCUACCCUCUCUCGUCCUGGCUGUCCCGUACGGAAUCCUCGCCGAGACCUUUGGCCGCAAGCCAAUCAUGCUCAUGAGUAUGAUUGGAAUCGCAGCCGAGGUGCUUAUCGACGUUUUGAUCUGUUGGCUUCCGCAAGUCUUCAGACUUCGGAUUAUCUGGAUAACACCGCUACUGCAAAUCCUGGGAGGAGGUAUAUCAGUGACAAAUUCGAUGCUUUACACGAUGUUGGCAGAUUUUCUCGAGCCGGCGGAUCGGGCAAACGCGUUCUACUUGAUCUCAGCUAGCAGCCUCCUAGGUGAAGUCACAGGCAAUACGAUGGCUGCCACGUUGAUGAGAAUAAGUUCUUGGCUCCCGAUAAUGAUCGCUGUCGGUAUCUUCUCCCUCUCUCCUCUACUAAUCCUGCUUCUCCCGGAAACGAUGAAGGCCAGGCCUUGCUAUGUCGACACAAGCACGAUCCUCACGCAGCCUGCUAGGAAUGGCACCAAAAGACUUCGCGAUGAAUUCCAGGACCUCUGGACGAGAUUGAACAUAUUGAAAGGCGUUGUGUUCAAGAGCACGAACAUUAUGCUCCUGAUGUCUGCCUUUUUUCUUUCAGGGAUUGCGGACCAGUCAAGCACGCUUGAACUGCAAUACGUGCGGAAAUUUUUUGGCUGGAGCUAUUCGCGCGGGGCCCUUAUUGUUUCCAGCCUCCCCUCCGGCCUGGAUGUUAUCGUCUUCCUGAUCUUACUCCCUCUCUUGGACAGGAUCCUAAUAGAAAGAAUGCACGUUCUUCCAUCUGCGAAGGACCUGAUCAUGGUGCGCGCUAGUGCCAUCAUCUUGGCUUUUGGGUCACUUCUUUUCGCAUUAUCGUCCGAAACGCUUGUUUUGAUCGCUUCAAUCUCAGUGCUCACCCUUGGUGAUGGGAUAGAGGUCGCAAUGCGCAGUCUCCUGACUUCACUCAUACCACCUCACCAGGUUAGUACGGUCUAUACUGGCGUCGCUGUGGUUUCUGGUGCGGGAGGGAUGAUCGCAGGCCCGAUUCUUGCUAUGACAUUCAAAGUGGGAAUGCGCGCAGGUGGCCGUUGGCUUGCUUUGCCAUUCUAUGUUGUGGCCGCGUUGUUUUUUCUGAUUAUUAUGGCGGUCUGCCGUGUCCAGCUACGAAAGACAGAUGAGAAUGAGGAUGCGACAACUAGCAAUGGCCGUUUCGACGAUGAUGGAGGAUCUUCUGUGGAGCACGAUCAGGGUGGCCAAUAGAGAGAUAGACAAUGGCCUUAGGUGAUGGUAUACAAACAAACAAACAGACAUGCCAGAUAGUCUGGUAUGUCUAGCAGAAGGUGUGGGUUUUGAGGAAGGCGGUGGGUCUUGGGGAACUGUCGCUUUCCUGUAUAAAGCAGCCAAUUAUAGCUCUUAGAUCCAGCAAUCUGAUCUCAUUAUCUCG